CGUUUGUGUGGUCAGCUAGCAGAAGGAGAAGCGGAAAGAAGAGAAGAAGAGAGGAGGGCGCCUCGCCUUCGUGUGCCAUUUCCGCGGUGACGUUCAAUGAAGGCGCGUCGACACUUUCAUGACUAUGCUCGUCACCGGCGUGCUGCUCUCUUCCAAACAAUUUCCAACAAACAGCACCAAAGAGGAGGGAAACCUUCGCGUAACGGUCAACUCUUCCUUCUCCGCCGCUUCAGUUCCCCUCGCUCGAGGCUUCUCCUCCUCCCCAUGACCGAAACGACUUGAGAUGCCCGGGAAUGGAAGUUGCAUUUGACAGCACCGCUGCAUCUUAAAUGACAUUCGCCCGCUUUCUAGCUUCUGCAGCUCCGCGACACGAGCGGAAAUCACCGAGGCAUCAAUAACACCGUAAUAACAGUGCCUCCCUUCCUACCAAAAUGUCCUUUUUCAAUUUCCGCAAGAUCUUCAAGCUAGGGUCCGACAGGAAGAAGAAGCAGUACCAGCACGUCCACCGAGAUCUCAACCCCGAGGACAUUUGGGACAUCAUAGGGGAACUCGGCGAUGGAGCCUUCGGCAAAGUCUACAAGGCUCAGAACAAGUUGAACGGGACCCUCGCCGCCGCCAAAGUCAUCGACACAAAGACGGAGGAUGAACUGGAGGACUACAUGGUGGAAAUUGAGAUCCUGGCCUCUUGCGACCACCAACACAUCGUCAAAUUGCUGGACGCCUUCUAUUUCGAGGGCAAACUCUGGAUCCUGAUUGAGUUCUGCGCGGGUGGUGCCGUGGACGCCAUCAUGCUGGAACUGGAGCGGCCCCUGACGGAACCGCAGAUCCGAGUGGUGUGCAGGCAGACCCUGGAGGCUUUGGUCUACCUGCACGAGAACAAGAUCAUCCACAGAGACCUAAAGGCUGGCAACAUUCUUCUUUCCCUAGAAGGGGAAGUCAAACUUGCGGAUUUUGGGGUUUCUGCUAAAAACACAAAGACGUUACAGAGAAGAGAUUCUUUCAUCGGAACGCCGUACUGGAUGGCGCCAGAAGUGGUGAUGUGCGAGACGUCCAAGGACCGCCCGUACGACUACAAGGCGGACAUCUGGUCCCUCGGGGUGACCCUGAUUGAGCUGGCGCAGAUCGAGCCGCCCAAUCACGAGAUGAAUCCCAUGAGAGUGCUGCUGAAAAUAGCCAAGGCCGAGCCGCCCACCCUCAUGCAACCCUCCCGCUGGACACCAGAAUUCAACGACUUCCUCCGCAGAGCUCUCGACAAGAAUGUGGACAACCGGUGGGGUCCGUUGCAGCUUCUACAGCAUCCAUUUGUCGCCAGCGUCGUGGACUGCAAACCUCUCCGAGAGCUCAUCGCAGAAGCCAAGGCUGAAGUCACAGAGGAGAUCGAAGACAGCAAAGAAGAGGAAGAGGAGGAAGAGCCCGAUACGCCCGUGUGCGCUCCCGGACACAAACGAGCCCCGUCCGACACGAGUAUGGCGAGCUCAGAGGAAGACAAAGUUCCGUCGACGCCGUCAUCCACGCUGCAGUCCGUCACAGAAAAGACAGAGGUCGAGCAGGCUGGAGACGAGUCCAGUGAUAAGCUCGAUGAAAGUGAGCCUGACAAGACAGAGGAGGAGAAACACGACGAGGUGCCCGAGGCCGGUGAUGAGGACGCCGCCUCUGGGCUGACGGAGGAGCCUGUCUCACCGGGGCUUGAGGGCCACGCCGAUGAGAUACCCGCUGAGCCGACCGCCUCGGAGGAACAAAUCAUAGAUAAAGUUCAGACGCGGGAAGAAAACAGAAAGGAAUCUCCACAAGAAGUAGAACUUGAAAAGGAUCACGAAGAGGUGACCAAAGAAGACGAGUCAAAUCAGCAGAUGAUCGGAUCGGCAGGAUCGGACGAGACGCUGGAGGAUGCGCAUGCCAACCUGGAGUCUGUCUCCGAGGUGGAGGUCGAGCAAGUGAGCAAGCCAGACGACAUGCUUCAGCAUGAACUGAGCGAUACCGCCAAUGGUGCUGAUGUUAUUUUGGAAGGCGGAGGUGACGUCGCAGCGCACAUAGUGGGAGACGCAGAAACCGAUUGGAGUAAGAAUGAUUCGAUUCUAACAAAACCAGAGGAGGACAUUUCCGAGUUGCCCGAUCGGGACCCGGAGACAACUAACGAGAUCAGACCUUCAAACGGAGUGUGUGACGACGCCAUCAACACAUCUGAGGAUGCAGAGCUCCCGAUCAAGGAUGACAAAGAGGCAACGCCGGCAGAGGAGAGCACCAUGCACAGCGAAACAGACUCCGAGACCAAAACGGAGCAGGGAAGCCCCGCCGUGAGCCGGCAGGAUGCCGAGAAGGACUCGGACUCCGGAAGCAGCUCGGCCGCCGACAGCAGCAGCAUGGACCUCAAUCUGUCCAUCUCCAGCUUCUUAUCCAAAAGCAAAGAGAGCGGCUCAGUGUCUCUACAGGAGUCCAAACGGCAGAAGAAGACACUGAAAAAGACGCGCAAGUUCAUGGUGGACGGCGUGGAGGUCAGCGUGACCACGUCCAAGAUCGUGACCGACGACGACGCCAAGAAUGAGGAGAUGCGGUUCCUGAGGAGGCAGGAGCUGCGGGAGCUGCGCCUGCUGCAGAAGGAGGAGCAGCGAGCUCAGCAGGAGCUCAGCAACAAGCUGCAGCAGCAGAGAGAGCAGAUCUUGCGGCGUUUUGAACAGGAAACCACAGCGAAGAAACGGCAGUACGACCAGGAGGUGGAGGGCCUGGAGAGGAAGCAGAAGCAGACCAUCGAGCGGUUGGAACAGGACCACACCAGCCGGCUGCGAGACGAAGCCAAACGCAUUAAAGGGGAUCAGGACAAAGAGCUCUCCAAGUUCCAGAACAUGCUGAAGAACAAGAAGAAAGAGGCCAAACAGGAAGUUGGGCAGUCACCUAAACACGUCCAAAAAGAGCUCAUGAAGCGCUUAAAGGAGGACCAAACGCUUCUUAAGAUGGCUGAGGCGGUCGCCCAGGUUAUGAUACAGUCUUUUCAGUUGUCCUCAUGCGCACUCUUCAAUGCUCAGAUGCAGGAUGAGCAGGAGUUCCUCCAGAAACAGCAGCAGGAGCUGGACGGGGAGCUGAAGAAGAUCAUCCAGCAGCAUAAAGUGGAGAUCGCCACCAUUGAGAAGGAUUGCCUCAACCACAAGCAGCAGAUGAUGAGAGCACGGGAGGCGGCCAUGUGGGAGCUGGAGGAGCGCCACCUGCAGGAGAAACACCAGCAGCUCAAGCAGCAGCUCAAGGACCAGUACUUCCUACAAAGGCAUCAGUUGCUCAAGAGGCACGAGAAAGAGAUGGAGCAAAUGCAGCGCUACAACCAGCGCCUGGUGGAGGAGAUGAAGAACAAGCAGAACCAAGAGCGGGUCCGCCUGCCCAAGAUCCAGCGCAGCGACGGAAAGACGCGCAUGGCCAUGUUCAAAAAGAGCCUCCGCAUCACCGCCUCGGCCGUCACCACGCCGGAGCAGGAGCGAGACCGCAUUAAGCAGUUUGCUUUUCAGGAAGAGAAGCGUCAGAAGAACGAGCGUCUCCACCAGCACCAAAAACACGAGAACCAGAUGAGAGAUCUACAGCUGCAGUGUGACUCCAACAUCAGAGAGCUGCAGCAGCUACAGAAUGAGAAAUGUCACCUCUUAAUUGAGCACGAGACUCAAAAACUGAAAGAGCUGGAUGAGGAGCACAGUCAGGAAAUCAAGGAGUGGAGAGAGAACCUCAGACCCAGGAAGAAGGCGCUGGAGGAGGAGUUCAUGCGGAAGCUCCAGGAGCAGGAGGUCUUCUUCAAGAUGAGCGGCGAGUCGGAAUGCCUUAAUCCCACCGCCCAGAGUCGUGUUUCCAAGUUUUACCCCAUCCCGCACAUGCACAGCUCCGGAUCGUAGCCGCCUGCUGAAAACCGCUACGAAAACUGCGCGUAUUUGGGAGAUUUAUUUUGCUUUUUUUUUUUAUUUUUAUUAAAAGCAUGUUUUAAUUUGAAAUGUUCAUACAUUUUGUAUACGAGUGCCUCCUAAUUUCUUUUUCAGUUGCAGCCGCUCACCUCCUCCCACAAAUGAAUGUCUUGCUCACUGUCACUGAACAAAUAAGUGGUUGCUCCCUUGUGAUGAUUCUCCUCCAUUCAUUUCAACACGUGGGUGCUGACUACUUCCUGGAUCCCUGCUAUUGAGUGAAUCCUAUCAAAUGCAUAUCAAAGGAAUGUAAACUUGCUGUCGAUUUUGCACUGUUUUCGUUUGCAAUAUUAGAAUCAAUAUGCAGUACAAAUCAUUGGAAUUUUAUUGCCUGCUUUUAUUAUUUUAAGACCACUGUCUCGAUUAAUCAUUUUUCUGCUAUAUUGAUGCUGUAUUUCAGGGGUGGGGAACCUACUCCUGCUCAAAAAACAUUAAACUCACACUGCUUUAAUAUUUUACUAUCAUUUUGGGAGCUUUUUUUUUUUUUUAUAUAAAUGUUUCAAAGAAUGAA